AGACGUGGCAGCGGAGGGAUAAUCAGAGAGGCUGAAGCGGGAAGAGCUGGAGCUGCGGGUGCGAGUGGGCGCAGUCCCUGUCCCUCCGCACCUCGGAGCAGCACAGACGCCCGUCGGGGCCGGGUGUCGCGGAGGAUCAGAUUGGUCAUGGGACUUUGCAAGUGCCCCAAGAGGAAGGUGACUAACCUGUUCUGCUUCGAACACCGAGUUAACGUCUGCGAGCACUGCCUGGUAGCCAAUCACGCCAAGUGCAUCGUCCAGUCCUACUUGCAGUGGCUCCAAGAUAGUGAUUACAACCCCAACUGCCGCCUGUGCAACACGCCCCUGGCCAGCCGGGAGACAACCCGUCUCGUCUGCUACGAUCUCUUCCACUGGGCUUGUCUCAAUGAACGUGCCACCAAGCUACCCCAAAACACAGCGCCUGCAGGCUACCAGUGCCCCAGCUGCAAUGGCCCCAUCUUCCCUUCAGCCAACUUGGCUGGCCCCGUGGCCUCUGCACUGAGAGAGAAACUGGCCACAGUCAACUGGGCCCGGGCAGGGCUCGGGCUUCCUCUGAUUGAUGAGGUGAUGAGCCCAGAGUCAGAACCCCUCAAUACCUCUGAUUUCUCUGACUGGUCCAGCUUUAAUGCCACUGGUCCCCCUGGACAGGAGGAGAGAGAGAGCACUUCCUCUGCUCCAGCCUUCUACAGCCAGGCCCCCCGACCUCCACCCUCCCCCAGCCGACCUGAGCAGCACACAGUCAUCCACAUGGGCAGUGCUGACCCCCUCCCUCAUGCACCAAGGAAGGUGUAUGAUACGCGGGAUGAUGACCCAGCCUCGGGCCUCCUCCACGGGGACUGUGAUGAUGACAAGUACCGCCGCCGGCCUGCCCUGGGCUGGCUGGCCCAGCUCCUCAGGAGCCGGGCUGGGUCCCGGAAGCAGCCUCUGAGCCUGCUCCAGCGAGCAGGGUUGCUGCUGCUGCUGGGGCUGCUGGGCUUCCUGGCCCUCCUGGCUCUCAUGUCUCGCCUGGGCCGGGCUGCAGCUGACAGCGAUCCCAAUCUGGACCCACUCAUGAAUCCUCACAUCCGUGUGGGUCCCUCCUGAGCCCGUGCUUGUGGCUGGAUCAGCCUAGGACCUGGGAUCCCCAGGGGAGAAGGUGGGGAGUCCUGGGGGCUUUUCUCCAUUUUCUCCCUCAAACCUGAGACACUAAAUCCCAGGCCCAAAGUCAAGUACUCCAGAGGCUAUGGGCCAAACCUAGAAUCCUGUAGGCCAAGGAUUGUCUUCACCUGCUUCUCCCUGGGUCUCCAACCUCCCACUCCACCCUUCCAAGGAGCAGAAAGGUGCAAAUAAACCACAGACUUUAUUAAAAUA